AUGAUUCCUGUCCCCAGUACCCCAAACAGCUCCCACCUCCAGAUUUCUGAGUUCAUCCUGAUGGGUUUCCCAGGAAUCCACAGAUGGCAGCAUUGGCUUUCUUUUCCCCUGGCAUUGCUCUACCUCUUAGCCCUCAGUGCCAAUUUCCUCAUCCUGCUGACUAUAUGGCAGGACCUCACACUGCACAAGCCCAUGUACAAGUUCCUGGGCAUUCUUUCUGUAGUGGAUAUAGGCCUGGCCACCACCAUUAUGCCCAAGAUCCUGGCUAUCUUCUGGUUCGAUGCCAAAACCAUCAGCCUCCCUGAAUGCUUUACUCAGAUAUAUGCUAUUCACUGGUUUGUGGGCAUGGAAUCAGGCAUUUUCCUCUGCAUGGCUUUUGACAGAUAUAUGGCCAUUUGCCAUCCUCUUCGUUACCCUUCCCUUGUCACAGAUACUUUUAUCUUCAAAGCUGCAAUGUCAAUGGUGCUCAGAAAUAGCCUGUUAGUCAUGCCAGUGCCUGUGCUGGCUGCCCUGCGCCAUUAUUGCUCGCGAAAUGAGAUUGAACAUUGCUUGUGCUCUAACUUGGGGGUCAUCAGCCUGGCCUGUGAUGAUAUUACAGUAAAUAGAUUCUAUCAGCUGGCCCUGGCUUGGGUCAUGUUUGGAAGUGAUAUGGCCCUGGUCUUUUCCUCUUAUGUCCUGAUCCUAUGCUCUGUGCAGAAGCUGAAUUCCCCUGAAGCCAUUUCAAAGGCAUUAAGUACAUGUAGCUCCCACCUCAUCCUCAUCCUCUUCUUCUACACAGCUAUCAUUGUGGUAUCUGUCACACACUUGGCAGGGAGGAAGUUCCCCUUAAUCCCUGUGUUCCUCAAUGUACUGCACAAUGUCAUCCCCCCAGCGCUCAACCCCAUGGUGUAUGCUCUCAGAACCCAGGAGCUCAGGCUAGGCUUCCAGAAGGUAUUUGGGCUAGGUAGAGAAAUGUCUAGGAAGUAG